ACAGGCCGUAACUGCUGCGCUUACAGAAGAUUAUAACGACAUAAUUGUUUUACAAUGCAUUCCGUUUCUGUACAUACUUACUGUUUAAAAAGACAACAAAUUAACCUACUACAAAGCUGGAGUGACCAAUGAAAAUGAUCGUCUUAUUCGCAUGGAUGUUUGGUGCCACCUUCUUAUCGACUGCAGCCAUUACGCCCUUUAUAUCCCGGGUUUAUCAAGCAGAUGGAGAUUAUCACUUGACAAAAAUUGCUGUUGAUAACGAUCACAACUUAUUCAUCGGGGGUAAAAACAUCCUGCUCAAACUGUCAGAGGAUCUAGAAGAGCGACAGACACCGUACCAGUUGUUUGGACCAGUAACUGAGAGUUACGGACAGAAGUGCAAAGGUCCUCUCUACGGAGACGGUGAUUGUAGCACAAGACAAGUUAAUAAUACAGUCAGUGUUCUAGUGUCUUAUCCCUUUGAUCGGAUAUUGGUUUGUGGCACAGCAUUUCAAGGUCUGUGCUCCGUACAUUCGAAAUCCAACAUGUCUGACUGGACAUAUCUCCCUCACGACACUGAGUAUGGCUUCUUCAGAGAUAGUCUUUUAGGAUCACAUGAAGGUAACAAUGUGGUGAUAUUUACGGACCAGACUGAUCCAAGAAUCCAUUAUGUGGCGAGUAGUUUCGAAAGGAAACCAGGUGAAUUCCAUUCUCACAUUUUUUCAGCGCUGAUAAUGAAUUCUUUUUCAGGACAUUAUUACUUUAACCAUCACAACCGAAAUUCAGAAGGUGCAAUGUAUUUGAAUAUGAACACGUCAUACGAAGGAGACUUUAACACGGACAUGGUGUAUGGCUUUGAAACAACAGACUACGUAUUCUUCAUAUUCAACCGUAAAUCAGGACCGAAUACAUUCGAGGCCAGAAUUGCGAGAAUAACAAGGAACUGUUCUAGCAUGUAUUUUCAAACAUACAUAGAACUUUCACUCAUCUGUAAUUAUGAAAAGAAAUUAAUGACUAACCAGCCAGUGUUAUCAGGACAUCUUCAUAUCACUCCGGAAGGAAAUCAAAUUCUUUUUCUUGCGUUCUACAAUCCAAUUACGGAAGGUUCUAGUGUAUGUGCGUACCCAGUUAAAGAUCUGAACUCAAAAAGUUUCAUAUUUGCAGUGGUGAAUUGCAGAAACGGAAUAAACGACGAUGUACACGCACCCUAUUGGGUGUCUCACACUAACGAGCUAUGUAGUGACCCCAAAGAUAGGUCGAGUUGGGGUGAGUGUGGAUCCAUUCACUACCGCGGUUUAUCUUCCAAAGAAUUUUCGUGCAAAGCAAAAAGAUUUAUUUUUCUAGAGAAGCAGAAGAUUGCAACAAUGCAUGUUACUCAUGAUUCCUAUGAUCAGAAACCUGUGAUCAUGUUAGGCACGAGCGAGGGGAAACUGCACAAGGUAGAGGUUAGCGGAUAUAACGAUUCUAUUUCACAAAGCCGACAUUAUGCGACCUUUGACCUCAGUGGUGACCGAUCAGUACCGAUUGAGAAGUCGUUAGGUAUUGACCACAGAAAGGAACACCUAUACUUCCUUGUGGACAAUAAGGUUAUGAAGAUUUCUCUCAAUUCAUGUGGUAUCCAUGCCGAUUGCAAUUCCUGUGUAAACUCUAUGGAUCCGCUGGGAUGCGGAUGGUGUGGAGACGAUUGUACAACACAAACUGACUGCAACAAGACUCAAUGGCACAACCAAUGGCACAACAUAUCCUGUCCUCCUGAGGUUUACAGGAUUUCCCCGCGGAAUGGGACUACAGACGGACAAACGCAUGUGACAAUAGAUGGGCGUUACUUCAACUCGGGAUGGGGAAAUUUGCAUGUGUUGAUCGGUGGAAAUGAGUGUCAGGAACCAGCAUACAAUAGUAAAAGUAUCGUUUGUGAGACUUCGGCGGCCGCUAGAGGUGAAAGUUCUGUUGUGAUUGUUGAAAUAUCAAACAACACACAUUCUCUUCAGUCCAUUACAAAAAAUGUCACAUUUGAGUACUUGAUACCCUCAUUCGAAGAUUUUUAUCCAAAACAUGGACCUAAGUCUGGAUAUACGUCCUUAACGCUCACUGGACAAAAUUUGGACAUUGGAUCAUCAUUGACCAUUGAUGUAUCCGACUCGCAAUCUAUUUGUAAAUUGAAAAGGAAAGAAAAUGACAUCAUUGUUUGCGAGUUGACCCGAUGGACGUCUACAAACACAGGUGUCAAUCCCAACCAGUCGGCACCAUCGCAUUGCCUUGGUUACGGCCCAGUUACGAUUUACAUAGAUGAAACUGCUUUGUCGUCCAAGGAGGACUUCUGUUAUAUGGAUGACCCAAUAAUCGACAUCAUAGCACCUGUGUCUACUACUAUAGGAGGUGGAAGAAUCGUAUCCGUCACCGGUCAAAACUUUGAUGCCGUAUUAAUGACAAGAUUAAAGAUUGUCGUGAGAAACAAUGAGUCUUAUGAAGAGUUGGAAUCACAGAAGUGUAAAGUGAUAAACCCUAGAUUACUAAAGUGUGCUUACCCAAGCCUUAGGAAAGUUCUGUCCGGUGCAUCCUCUGGGGUUAGCGUCAACCUUACACUCGAGCUGGAUGGAGGGAUUCCCCUUCAAAACGCCGACCGAAGAAUCAUGGUCUACAACGAUCCGGUCCUUUUCCCUGUCACAAAAAACAUAUCAUUCAACAAUGACGAGAGGAUAAUGGUUCUACAUGGUCGUUUUCUAAACAUGGCAUUUGGGAUCAGUGAUUACAACGUAUCUGUUGAAGGACUAAGCUGCCCUGUUUUGGAGUUAGAGAGUGACAGACUAGUAUGCAACAUGUUGCCAGUCCUGGAUGGUUUAGAUGUUAAUCAGAACAGAGUGUUCCAAGUCAAAGUAAACGUUGGUCCGUUUCUGAUGGAACUUGGAGACCUGAAAGUCACAAUGCACACGAGACUAGCCAUCGUCUCUACUCCUGGUUAUCAGAACUGGUUAUGGGUUGGUAUUAUCAUCGCAGUUUUCCUCAUCCUCAUCUUAGUGUGUGUCAUCGUAAGAAGUAAAAGAAAGCGUAAAAAGAGGAACUAUGUUACCAAUAUUGAUAUAGAGGGAACAAUGACCUUUCAAAAUCUGAUUAGGAUCGAGACAGACGAACCUAGCUCGGUUCCAAAUAAUUAUAUCCAUAUUGGUCAAGAGGAUGAAGCUAUUGGGGGUGAACCAGCCAACUUAAUCGUUGAUAUAGAAACAGUAGACAUGCUGAAGAAACAAAAUUUGUUGGUCAGCAGAGACAAUCUACUUCUGGGAGAGAGUCUCGGACAUGGUCAGUUUGGAUGCGUUUACAAAGGAUUUCUGUCUAGUCCUGGAGCAAAGGGGGAGCAAAUCGUGGCAGUCAAAACGAUUUUGAAAUCGUCCGCAAAAGAAGUGGAUAUAGGAGAAUUUAUUAACGAAGCGUUGAUAAUGAAAGACUUUAACCAUCCGAAUGUACUGUCGUUGAUGGGUGUUUGUAUAGACAAAGGGGAGUUCCCGCUGGUCAUACUGCCUUUCAUGGAGAACGGAGACCUACUGGCUUAUAUUCGGGAUGAACAUAACAUGCCUCUUGUGAAGGACUUAGUCUUUUUUGGACUAGAUAUUGCUAAAGGAAUGGAGUACCUGUCCUCUAUCAAAUUCGUUCAUCGAGACUUAGCUGCAAGGAACUGCAUGCUGGAUGAGAAUUUUUUUGCGAGAGUAGCUGACUUUGGAUUAUCUAGGGAUAUCUACUCCAACCAUUAUUACAGUAGUGACAACAAGAAAAAGCUUCCCGUUAAGUGGAUGGCUCCAGAGAGCCUUGAGAAGGGGAAAUACUCUUCCAAGUCUGACGUGUGGUCAUUUGGUGUUGUUCUGUGGGAGCUGAUCACCCGAGGAGCCAACCCCUAUCCCGCUGUAGAUAACUGGGACAUGUACACAUACCUAAAGGAAGGACGACGUCUACCGAAGACCCCUUUUUGUCCACCAAGGCUUUUUCAGAUAAUGGUGUGUUGUUGGGAGUUUAACCCCUCUAAGCGCCCGACAUUCCGCGACCUUAUCAAAGAAAUCAAACGCCUGCUAAAAGAAAGCGAGAAUGAGGAACACAGCAUAUGUGACGUAACCGUUGACCUUGAAAGUGCGACCAUGACAUCAUGACCUUUGUACCCAAGGGUCAUUCAAAGAUAUGAAGAGAGUACAAUUUCAAGUCGAUGUCAACUCCCUAAUUGACUUAUAUUUACUUGGUGUAAUUGACAGCUUAAGCAGUGCAAACGUGAUUGAGGAAAGUAAAUCAGGACAAAAACAAUGGCCCAUGGAUAGCCGAUUUAUAGGACAAAAACAAUUGCCCAUUGAUAGCCGAUUUAUCAGAUAAAAACAAUGGCCAAAGGAUAGCCGAUUUAUAGGACAAAAAAAUGACCCAAGGAAAGCCGAUUUAUAGGACAAAAACAAUUGCCCAUGGAUAGCCGAUUUAUCAGAUAAAAACAAUGGCCAAAGGAUAGCCGAUUUAAAGGACAAAAACAAUGACCCAAGGAUAGCCGAUUUAUAGGACAAAAACAAUGACCCAAGGAAAGCCGAUUUAUAGGACAAAAACAAUUGCCCAUUGAUAGCCGAUUUAUCAGAUAAAAACAAUGGCCAAAGGAUAGCCGAUUUAAAGGACAAAAACGAUGGCCCAUGGAUAGCCGAUUUAUAGGACAAAAACAAUGGCCCAUUGAUAGCCGAUUUACAGGACAAAAACAAUGGCCCAAGGAUAGCCGAUUUAUAGGACAAAAACAAUGGCCCAAGGAUAGCCGAUUUACAAGACAAAAACAAUGGCCCAUGGAUACCCGAUUUAUUAGACAAAAACAAUGGCCCAAGGAUAGCCGAUUUACAAGACAAAAACAAUGGCCCAUUGAUACCCGAUUUAGUAGACAAAAACAAUGGCCCAAGGAUAGCCGAUUUACAAGACAAAAACAAUGGCCCAUUGAUACCCGAUUUAGUAGACAAAAACAAUGGCCCAAGGAUAGCCGAUUUACAAGACAAAAACAAUGGCCCAUUGAUACCCUAUUUAUUAGACAAAAACAAUGGCCCAAGGAUAGCCGAUUUCUUGGUUCCAAAUAUAAGAUCCUUAACAAUACGCAGGAGCAUGUAACUGUUUCAAUGUUUCUAAAGGCGUAGAGGCAAAUAUACCUAUAUGUACACCCAGAUCCAAUGGAUAAAAUAUAUUAAUGCAUUCAUUUUUUUUUCUGAUUUUGAAAUGACAUAAUAUACAACUGUUCAGAUUUAUGUCCAGAUAUUAACAUGAAGGUAUAAGGAUUUGUGGAUUGUAACCUGGUGAAAAUGCAAAUAAUCAAAGCGAUAUGAUACCAGCAGCUAAAACUUAUAAUGUAUUUUUGUUAUGAAAACUGUACGUUAUCAAAUAUUCCCACAAGAACGAAUUCUUGCCUUAAUAUUUUGACAAUACUUAAGCACAUCAUUGUAUAAAAAGUGUAUUCCUACAUAGCUAUAUAGGUACCUUGUAUGUAACUUUACAUAAAGACACAAACACAGAAUUAUCUUGUGAUGCCCUCACUGGUUACCAUGGAGCUUGAGACAAUGUGCGACCAUCUUAUUCAUAUUAGACAUUAACCUCUUGUUUGGUAUGAUCUUGAAUCAUUCCCUAAUGCUUCCCUGCUAAAAACAGUUUAAAGAUCUGAUCAUCAUUGUGGAAUAUCUAAGUUUCUACUCAAUUUGGGCUCUAUGAAACACCAAUUUUAGCCAGUUUCAUAUGUCCAGAUUAACAUUGACCUUGUUAGAACACAUCCUUUACAGAACCUGUAAAGGGGGACGGGAGAGGGAAACCCAUACAUAUAAUUGAUGCUCAACUUUAAAUAAAAGAAAUCAAAUUUGCUGCAGAUUUGCAGAGUAUAAAGUGAUAAAUUAACAUACAAUAAGUGUUAAAUAUAUCAAAACAUGACAUUAUGGUAAUUUAUAGCAGAACAGAAUUGUUUUCCAUGUUUUGAUAUCUGCUUGAGGCCUUGCUUCAUCUUGCCUGAAAUGAAAAUCUCUAACAAGAUCACGAGCGUCCACUAGGCGAUUUGGACACAGAAGUGCUUCUUGACAAAGUUCUUUAUGCCAUCCAUACUUAGAUAACUGAGAAAGGUCACAACACACAUCUAUGACAAGUUUAAAAUGGCCGUCGCCCAGUUUGAAAAGUGGGAGAUGACUAUAAAACUCAGUAUAGACGCUAUUCUUCUGCAUAGCUUUCACAGAAUUUUCAUAAUUUCUAAAAUAUAUUGACGAAAUCAACGAUUACUAUUUACUUAUGUUAUUUAAUGUGUCGCAUAAUCAUACAUGCACGAGUAUUAUUGUUUAAUCAUACUCAAAUUUAAAAUGUCGGACAAAAUUUUUAACGCAAUCCAUUAGACUUGCGAAACUUCUAGUAACACCUGACAUCAGUUGGUUCAAAAUAUUGAAAACAAAACGUCUUAAUUGACAUAUAAGCAUUCUUUAAAUCUUGCAGUUGUCAAUUUCAUGGGGUAAAGAAUUCAGUUGCUCUAGAGACCAAGGCAGCACGAACUGCUCUGAUUAACGGAGUUGCUCUUCAGAAAAAAUAAUCAACAUUGAACUGUGGAGAGCAAUUCAUUAAUUUUUUCUCAAGAACAACUUGAUUCAUCACCUCAUGAAAUCGACAAUGACAAGAUUCAAUGCUUAGACGUUUAUAAUAAGCGGGUACUGUAUCAAGUUCCAACGACAAAGCAUCUUAAAAACCAUGCUUGCAAAUGAGGUUUUCAACUAAUGAAUCGGCAGCUUAACUUUUUCGUAUUUUUCAGGAGACUAAAUCCGUCAUGUAGGAUCAAAAUCAGUAAAGAUACACUUCAAUAUAUAUAUUGUAGUUUGAUAUAUAUAUCCUACGUUACUUGGUAACCAAAAAGCAGGUUUCAAGCUAUGGCCCGUUUACAGGCAUUUGAAAAUGGCACUACAAAGUUGCCCAAAAUGUACACUAUAUAUUUUUGUAUAACUUUAAAUUAUGUACAUAAAUGUGUUUGUUGUUCAUUCUUUGAAACUUGUUAAUUCAAGACCAUGCAUGUACAAUCAAGACAUAUUGGUGGUUACAAAAAUACUUAAAGUAUAUUGAUUGUACACAGUAUUAUACUAUUAUGUGUUAUAUUGUUUUCAAUGAACCGAUAUGUGGCCUGCUAAGACUAGAAAUAUUAGGAUUACAAAGUGUAAUUACACACUGUCACAUGUACAUUCUUGCUACCAAUUACUGUAAAGGUUUUUUCCCCUCUGAUGGUUAUAUGUUUUGGUUUUUAAUAAAAACUUGAAGCAAAAAUAAUGUUUUCUGAACAGAAGUCCUAAACUGGAAUCAAUUUUUUUUUCGUUUUUACCAUUUUUAUUUCUUUCAAAAAUAAUUUAUCAGUUUUCGUGAUUUUCGUUCAAUCCUUGAAGGCCCAAAAACAAACCCCUCAAAUUCAAUCUAAUUUUUACCCCAACAUUGCAGAUGAUAAUAAGUUUCCAGUGAUCAUUUGGUCAGUCCAUUGUAAGUUUUCCUAUUGGGAUAAAUUGAAACUUGUUUUGAAGAUCUUGAUGAGCAUUUAUUUUGCCAGAAUUCAAUUUGUGAUAGAUUCAUAAACUAACACUGCAAAUAAGUCCUCAUUUUCAACAUUUCCAACUUUACAUUGAUAUUUUACUUUCAUAUAUGAUAUUAUAUAUGCCACGGCUU